AUGUCCGAUUCUGAGAUGGAUUUGCUGGAAAAAUCGACGGCUGAAAAUGAGGAAGAGAUGGACGCGGAAAAUUCCGCGCGGAAGCCGGAAGCGGAAGCACCGGAUGCGGAAGAAGAGGAAGAACCGCUUGAAAGAACAUUGUUGGGUGAUGGAAUCGAUUCGUUGAUGAUGCAUUGGUCAGUAGGCGAUUUUUGGGCGGGAAUUUUGAAAUUUUGAUGAAAAUGAGCCCAGAUUUGAAUUUUUGAGCAUUUUCCAAUGAAAAUGAGCCCAGAUUUGAAUUUUUGAGCAAAAUUUGAUGCCACGUGGCAAAUAUCUGAAAUUUUCAGCAUUAAAUCAUAAAAAUCUUCAUUUUCCCAAAAAAAAUCCCAAAAUUUCAUUCAAUUCUCCAAAUUUUGACUGAUUUUUCGAGGAAAAGCACCGCCAGCUUCUGAAAAAAAAAUUUUUUCAAAAAUUCAAAAAAAAAUUUUUCUAAGUCACCUGAAAUUCCAGCCAGAAUUGCAAAAAUAAGGAAGAUUUUCAUUUUUUUUCAGAGAAAAAAAUGAAUUUUUUAGUGAAUUUCUGGAUUUUUAUGCAAUUCUCAUGGGGAAUUUUAAUGGGGGGAAUAAAAAAUGGGAAUUUUUGACGCGUGGCAUAUUUUUGGGCAGGAAAAAUCUGAAAAUUUCUAAAUUUUCAGCUAAAAAUUCAAUUUUUAUUAUUAUUGUGAUAUAAGCUUGAACUAAUAAUUUUUCCAAAAUCUGAAAAAAAUUUAUAGAAUUUUUGAAACAGUAAAUUUUUUCAGGUCAAAUUUUCACAAAAAAUUCAAAUUUCAGCUCAAAAUUAUCAGAAAAACCUGAAAUUUUCAGAAUUUUCUCAUCAAAAUCCAAUUUUCAGGUGUCAAUUGCUAACAAAUGUAUCAGUUCGUGCUCCGGUUCCACCUCCUUCCACUUUGGGACAUGUUAAAGAAGUGGCUGAAGUUUGUAGUAAACAUGUGAGUUUUUUUGGGGAGCUGAGGGCUGAAAAUCUGAAAAUUUGAUGAAAAAUGAUGAAUUUUGAGCCGAAAUUCAUGAAAAAUGAUGAAUUUUGAGCUGAAAAACUGAAAAUUUGAUGAAAAAUGAUAAAUUUUUCGAAAUUUUUGACCUGAAAUUAAAUUCAGUGAAAAAAUCCACGAUUUUUGACACCAAACAUGACAAAUUUUGAAAUUUGGAAAAUUUCAGGCCAAAAAACGUAUAUUACAAAAUUUGCGUCAGUGAAAUCAUGUGUUGACGCUUUUUUUUGUAACUACAGAAAAUGUGUCAGCAAAACCAAAAGCUGACGUAGAUUUUGAGAGCUACAAAAAAUGCGCUAGCAACUUCUGAGGUUGACGCAGAUUUUGUAGCUUCAGAAAAUACGUCAGCAAACCCCAAGGCUGACGCUUUUUUUUGUAGCUUCGAAAAAAAAUUGAAAUUUUAACGUUUCUGGGUCAAAAUUUCAUGAAACUUUCAAAUUUCGAGCUUAAAAAUCAGGAUUUUCAUCAAAAAUCAACAUUUCUGGGUCAAAAAAUCCCAAAUUUUCACAUUUUCCCACCAAAAAUCCCACAUUUUGCAGUUCCGCGAUGCUUGCGUCGACGUAACCAACGAAUUCUAUCGUCUCGGAACCCAGUGGGAAAUCGAAAAUCACGAAGAACACUUCAAAAACGAGGAACGCGACUUGGAUGCGGCGAUCCUGCGGCAAAAUGCGUUGCUCAAAAAAGCGCGCGAAGAGUUUUUGAAACGAACACAACAUUAUUCGACCUAUUAUCCAAAUGCUACUAAACAUUUUACUACUUGA